ACAGAAAAACACAAAAUGAUCCUCUUAUUCAUUUGCAUUACUUUUAACUCUAUUCUGGUUUCAGGUUCCUCUCUCAGUGAACAAGUCUACCAGACUCCAGCUGACAUGUACAACACACCAGGAGGAAAAGCUGAAAUCAACUGUUCACACAGUAUUCAGAGCUAUGACCGAAUCCUCUGGUACAAACAAACAGAAAGGCAACUACAGUUCCUGGGAUAUAUGUUGGCAAACAUAAGAAACCCAGAGAAUGGAGUGAAUGUGAAGAUGGAAGGGAGUGCAAAUAAAGGCCAAACCUGCACAUUAAUAAUUGAAGAACUCCAGCUGAACAGCAGUGCAGUGUACUUCUGUGCUGCCCUACAAUGAGCCUGCUUACUUUGGCCAAGGAACCAAGCUGACAGUUUUAGAAAAAGACAAAGAGAUUACCGGACCAUCAGUGAAAGUGCUUCAACCUUCGCCAAAGGAGUGCAAAAAUGAAAAAGACAAACAAAGGAAGAAGACCUUGGUUUGUGUGGCCAAAGACUUCUACCCAGACCAUGUCAGUGUAUCCUGGGAGAUCAAUGGGCAAAAUGUCACUAAUGGUGUGGCGACGGACGAAGCUGCCCAGCUGAUGCCGGAAAAGAAGUUUUACCAAAUCACCAGCAGGUUGAGGGUACCUGCCAAAGACUGGGAAAACUCAGAUAAUGAAUUCAAGUGCAUUGUCAAUUUCUUCAAUAAAACCCAUACUGUCCCUUACACAGAUUCAAUCUAUGGUGAAGCUGUGACAACAACAAAUGUCAUGACAAGAGAGAAAUAUGUGAAGAUCACACAGGCUGCCAAACUCACAUACAGUGUUUUCAUCGCCAAGAGCUGCAUCUACGGGGCCUUUGUGGUGUUUCUGGUGUGGAAGCUUCAGGGUUCAAAGGGAAAGCAGAACUACUGAGAGCUGAGGCCAAAUCUAUUCUAGGAGAUCUAGAAGAAGAUGUUGGUUUCUGUAAAUAAAGGCUGAAAACUUUUCACAACUUUGUAUAUUGAAGUGCAUUUGCAUUUAUUACUCAAUUACAUAAUCUAAUUCUGCUAAAAUAGAUGAACAGUUCUAAACAUAUUAUUUUUUUAAUCUCAAAGCUGCUUUGGCAUUACAUUUGAUAAAUACUUAGAAUAAUAAUCCUGUGUUUGUAAAGCGCUUGUUUGCUUAAUAUUCAUCUAAAUAAAAACUUUUCAGAGGAUGUCA